GUUCCACGGACCACGGCCGUGGCGCUGUGCUUUGCUUUGUGAAUGAAACUGGUGGUAAACCAGUGGCUGGCAGUGAUGAGAUCAUGACCCGAGGGCAGAGCGGAGCAGGGCGGAGAGGGAGGCCUACCGCUACCGGCCGGCGGCCUAACCUUUUUUGCCACCAACUCACAGAGCCUUUGCCUCUAGAAGACCAGACCUCCAGCGAUCCAGUCAAGUGCCUAUAAAAUCCAGCCCCGCUUCACCUUCACCCACCCUAGCUUGGGCCUUGGCUCGCACCUCGAUCGCACUCGCAGCAGCAGCAGCAGCAGCAACCAACCUCCACUGCCGCCCGCAACGCACCCGAGAGGCGAGGAGGGGGAAGAAAAGCGGCGGCGGCUGCCAAAAGGAAGGACCAGGAAAGCAGCAGGCAAGGUAGCAGCAUCGGAUUGGUUGGGUGCCCGGCCGGCCGAGCGUACCACAACACCUCCAUCAUGGGGAGGUCGCCGUGCUGCGAGAAGGCGCACACCAACAAGGGCGCGUGGACCAAGGAGGAGGACGACCGCCUCGUGGCGUACAUCAAGGCGCACGGCGAGGGUUGCUGGCGCUCGCUGCCCAAGGCCGCCGGCCUCCUGCGCUGCGGCAAGAGCUGCCGCCUCCGGUGGAUCAACUACCUCCGCCCCGACCUCAAGCGCGGCAACUUCACGGAAGAGGAGGACGAGCUCAUCAUCAAGCUCCACAGCCUCCUCGGCAACAAAUGGUCCCUGAUCGCUGGAAGGCUGCCGGGAAGGACGGACAACGAGAUCAAGAACUACUGGAACACGCACAUCCGGAGGAAGCUGCUGAGCAGGGGGAUCGACCCGGUGACACACCGCCCCAUCAACGAGCACACGUCCAACAUAACCAUCUCGUUCGAGGCGGCGGCGGCCGCGCGUGACCGUGAGGAGAAUAAGGGCGCCGUGUUCCGGCUGGAGGAGCACAACAAGGCGACGGCGGCGGCGGCCGCCGCGAUCGGCCGCGAUCAUCAUCAGAACCACCACCCCGCCGGCGACUGGGGCCAGGGGAAGCCGCUCAAGUGCCCCGACCUCAACCUGGACCUCUGCAUCAGCCCGCCGGCGGCGCCGUGCCAGGAGGAGAAGGCCAUGGUGACGAUGAAGCCCGUGAAGCGGGAGGCCGGGCUCUGCUUCAGCUGCAGCCUGGGCCUCCCCAAGAGCGCCGACUGCAAGUGCAGCAACUUCCUCGGACUCAGGACCGCCAUGCUCGACUUCAGAAGCCUCGAGAUGAAAUGAUCGCGUCUCCCCCUCUGUAAUCUCCCCCUUCUUGUUUUUUUUUUUACAUCUCGCCUGGAUGAUACGUAUUUGGUUAGCUUCGUAGGUGAAAAUACGUAGUAGUGAGUGAGUGAAAGAGAGAUAAGGAAGAAAAAAAAAGGUGAGGAUUUGUGCCCUGGGUACGUCUUCCCUGCUGCUCUCUCUUGUUGCUCCAUUUUGUCUCCUCUCUUUUUCUCUGUAAUUACCAUCACCAACUCAACUGAUCAUGGGCAAUAAUACUUGCUGCUUAGUCUCUGAAAA